CUACAACCAAUCUAUCAAGCAUGUAAACAAAAAGAAUUGACAGUUGUCUUACUAGUGUAUAGAUGUGCUCCUUCAAAGUUCUUUUUGCCAUGAUUUCGGUCCUAUUUUUCUAUUUCGUUUCUGGUUUUGAACAGUGGGAUGUUAAAAUGGACUGUACUAGCUCUUGGAGUUACCUUUCUGUUCGCUUGGAGAGAUCUGGUAUUCGAGAAGCAGUAUGGAACAGCAAGCAACACAAUGCUGAAAGUGUGAUUUGCAGCGACGAUCAAGUUCAAUUUGGAAGUCGUUGGUCAGAAACAGUUAGUAGAACAUUUUUAAAUGCAGUAGAGAAAUCAGCUAGUGGACAUUUAACCAUUAAGCCUAUCUUUGCCUAA